AUCGCAACUUUGUAACAAAUUCCGAGAAUGCGCGUCGCCUAUUACCUAUAUCUACAACUGUCAAAGAAGCCGUGGCUAUAUUGGACAAAGGUUUCGAGUCGCAAUUUGUGUAAAUCAAGUAAAAUGACUGAUAAUUCACCACCUGGCUCAAAUGACGGUGAUGACCCCGUCGAAAGAUCUGCCCCUAAUGUCCCGCCAAAUUCUUUCGAAAGCCUUUUAUCUAGGUUUAGGGCUAUGGACGUGGAUAGUGCCCGUCGGUAUUUAGCAAUAAAACUUGGACUAUUAACGCCAGACCCGGAGCCAACAGAGCCGGUAGAAAAAGUUUUGGAUGAAGUGAAUUUGGACGGAAUAGUUAAGUGGAUUAAAGGUGAUAGAUGCAAAAAUAUCAUAACACUGGCUGGCGCAGGAAUUUCAACUUCUGCUGGAAUUCCUGAUUUCCGCAGUCCAGAAACAGGAUUAUACCACAACCUGCAAAAAUAUAACUUACCGGAGCCCCAGGCUAUUUUCGAAAUCAACUUUUUCCGACAAAAUCCCAAGCCGUUCUUCACUUUGGCUAAGGAAUUGUUUCCAGGAAGCUUCAAACCUACAGUGUCACAUUAUUUCAUUCGGCUUCUUCAUGAGAAAGGUCUACUACUACGCCACUACACACAAAACAUUGACACACUAGAAAGAGGUGCCUGCAUUCCAGAUGAGAAAAUUGUAGAGGCCCACGGCACAUUCUACACAUCACAUUGCCUUGAGUGCCGAAAGGAGUAUGGUCUUGAAUUUGUCAAAGAGCGAAUAUUCGCUGACCAAAUACCGAUAUGCACGGACUGCCCAGGAGUCGUUAAACCAGAUAUAGUGUUCUUUGGAGAAGGCUUACCAGGGCGGUUCCAAAAAUGUCUGCAGGAAGACUUUGAUCGCUGCGACCUUCUCAUCAUAAUGGGCUCCUCGCUUGAAGUACAGCCUUUUGCCUCAGUUAUUGAUAUGGUACCAGAUUGGUGUCCCCGUCUUCUUAUAAACCGUGAGAAGGCAGGCGUGAGGCCGCCUAUGUUGAGGAUGUGGGGUCUCAUGGGCGGAGGCCUACAGUUCGACGAAGAUGCCGUCAGAGACGUGGCGAGGCUAGGGGACUGCGAUGAUGGAUGCCAAGAACUGGCCGACAAGCUUGGUUGGGGGGACGAACUUCGAGCCUUAGUAGCGUCUGAGCACGGCCGCCUGGAGCGGGAGCGCGCCGCCGCGUCGCCGCACGCGCCCGCGCAUGCGCCGGCGCCUCCCACCGCAUACCUAUAAUGAUAGUUUGUUGCACCAAAGGGAUUCUACUCUCUUAAAGUUUCUAAACUAUCUUCCCUGACUUUUUACUUUUUGACUUCCAAAAAUAACUUUUAUUUAUUUGCUGUCUGUCUCCUUUUCGUAUCGUUAAUUUAGAUUACAAAAUUAAGCCUUUUAGUCUUUUAUAGACUGAAUUCUUGAAUCAGUUACCUAUAUAAGGAAGGCAUUUUCUUUUUUUUUAUUGCUGGCCACUUGUAAUGAAUUGAUUUCUUGCUACUUCCUUAUUUUUAAAUACAACAAUGAAUUGUGCAUUCGCUGUUAUUGUUUUAUUUUAAAUAUUUAAUUUACUACAUAUGAAUUAUUAUGUACAUGAUUUGUAAAGUUUUGUUUAUAUUGUCAUAUAAAAUAUAUAUAACAAUUAAUAUGUUAUUUCGACAGCACUUGGAUGUAAGAAAUUCUAUUGUCUAUACUAUAUAUCUACAGUUUGAAGGUAUUUCCUACUUACGAUGGUUAAGCUUUCAUAUAGCAUCACGAAUUGCACCGAAAGUAAUGUUAUCAUAUACAGUAAAAUUUUAAGAAAUAAAACACAAAAAAAUUGUUUGUACAGGGGGAUACAUUGAAAAGCAUACCUUUGCUUACGAUAGCUACAAAAAAGGUGGUUAACUUUUUAAUCUUACUGUACUUGUUGUAAGUUGGAAUGUCCGUUUGAGUAAAACCUUAUUUGUAAUUUUGUUCAUUGAUUUUGUAUAUUGCUCUGGGAGUGAAUAAAAAUAAAUAUUCUCUGCAUUUCCAAUAAGAUCUAUUUUAAAAUUAUUUCAAUAUUUAUAAAUAUAGUUGAGCAAUGAGUUUGUUUUAAUUACAUACAUAAAAUGGAUGGUGCUAUUGAAGAGUUAUCUCUAAUGUACUUGGGACUGGACUUAUCGAUAUACUUAAAAUAUAAUUGAUUUAUUAUAUAAAUAAUUUAUUUAUUUUUUACUCAAGGGACAUUUCUUGCGUAAUUUAUAAUAGUGCCUCUAGUAGUAUUUUUUUAAAAUUUAACUAUAUGUUUCUGAAGCGAUAGUAAAACUAACAUAGGAAUCCGGAUAAUCUAUGCAUGCAUUUUAGCAUAUACAUAUUACGCAUACAUUAAUAUUACUCAUAGCAAUCAAUAGAUUUUGAUCGACAUUUGUAGCUUAUAAUCUUGUAAUUUGGGUUUAGGUAAAACCGAUUGAUCAAAAUCUAUUAUUACUAAAAACUUGAUUUUUACACCUUUAUAGGCGUCGAAUUGGAAGCGAUAUAAACACAAGUACAAGAUGACACUUCUAAAAUUUAUAUUUUUAUCUUUUAGUAUCUACUUACUUAUAUAUUAUUAUUUCUGCCCGUGCUCAUGUAUUUUUUAAACAAUCAUCAUACGUUUACAAUAUAAAAGUACAUAUUUUAUCUUUUUAAUCCGAUAAGAUGCGAUGGGUGUUAUUUGGAAAUCGAAGUUAAAUGUGUUGCUUGGUUUGUGUCUGUAAACUCUAUGUGGCUACGAAAGUCAAUGACUAGUAUUGCUAGAUAGUCUUAUCGAUGAAAUAUAAAUCGGAUUAAUUAGUCAUAUAUUAAUCAGAUCGAUCUAUGAUCGAUAUCGACCUAUAGGCAUUUGAUUAAAACAGUACUUAAACAAAGAUUAGAUACAUAGCAUUUCAUUUUAAUCUUUACAUAUAUAAUCUUUGUCAUAAUAAUGAUAUCAUUACCUCAUACAAACUUCUACUUUUUAUUGUCACGCCUUUUUUAAUUUUAAUACAAUUUUGGGGCCAUUUACAGACACUAAUCAUUUAUAAAUAACGAAGUAUAACAACUAUUACACUAUGCACUAUAUAUGUGGCUUACGAUUCUACUUUUAUGUAUACCGAUUUAUUAUAUAAGUACUGAAAAUCGCAUAGUGUUUUAGUCCGUUAUUUUUUAGCUAGUUUGGUUUUUUAUUUAUUAUUUAUACAAAUAUAAAAAUGUCUAGGUAAAUUACGUUUUAGUGUAGGUAUAUAACUUGAAUGACACGUCUUAUGAUACAGAAAUGGGUAUAGCUCAUAGAAGCAUUGUAUUUGUACAUGAUUUAUAUCAUGUAAAGUAUAUCAUUAAAAUUUCUAGUAGUAAUUAUUUUUUUAAGGGGAAUAAGAAAUGGUAUAAUAUUUAAAUUGAUGAGUGUAGUUUUAGCAUUGAAAAACACCUGCAAAUAUUAUUUACUUAUUUACAAUAUAUAUCUACCUAAUUAAUUAGUAUUAUCGUGAAAUAUUUCAAAUUAAUUUGUAGGUUCAAUUUUCUACCACACCACAGUUAUAAAAUAUACAACGUGCCAUUCUUUUUCCAAAUAUUCAAGUUUGUUUCCGUUCCCAUAUUUCUUUAUGAAAACAAAUUUAAUGAUUUCAUAACAUAAUAGUCAGUUUUACCAUACGAAUUAGGUAACUAGUAUGUUACUGGAGGACUAUCAAAAACCCCAAUCAUUAUAAAAUUUAAAUGGAAUUUUUUAAAAAAAUUCUAAAUUAUUAUUUAUCACAUUGUAUUUUUUCUUUACCGCCCUGCCUAUCAAAAAAAAAUUGCAAAGUUCCUACCAAGAUAAAUUUGAUAUUUUCAGAGAAAAAGCAAUGACUUAUUUAAAUUGUACCAAAAAUAUGUCAUGCUUCCAAUAGUUAUACAUAAUAUUUAAAUGCAGUAGACAAUUAAAUCCAAUAUGAAAUUGUAAUAAAUUAUUUGAUAUGUUCUCUAUAUUGUAUGCAAUGAAAUAAAACAGCCUUUAAAAAUA